CCAGCCUAUUCUGUCUUCCCUUCUGAAGCUACAAUUUGGGAACAGGUUGUGGGAUAGCUUUGUGGAUAGACAAACCUGGAUUCUGCUCUCUUAUCCAAGUCCAAUGGAAUCUAGAUGCUAAACCUAUAUGUCCACGAGUCAGCAACAUGGAACUUAUUACCCGAGAGGAUCCAGAGAAUUUGCUGAAGAGGAGAAGGAAAAAACCCAAACCAAACCAAACCAAACAAAAAACCUGUGCGUGAGGGGGGAGGAAAAGCAGGGCCUUUAAAAAGGCAACCACAACAACUUUUGCUGCCAGGAUGCCCUUGCUUUGGCUGCGAGGAUUUCUGUUGGCGAGUUGCUGGAUUAUAGUGAGGAGUUCCCCUGCCCCGGGAUCCGAGGGGCACAGUGCGGACCCUGCCUGCCCGUCCUGUGCACUGACCACCCUGCCCAAGGAUGUACCCAGCGCUCAGCCGGAGAUGGUGGAGGCCGUCAAAAAGCACAUUUUAAACAUGCUGCACUUGAAGAAGAGACCCGAGGUCACCCAGCCGGUGCCCAAGGCGGCGCUUCUGAAUGCGAUCAAAAAGCUCCAUGUGGGCAAAGUGGGGGAGAACGGGUACGUGGAGAUAGAGGAUGACAUCGGAAGGAGGGCAGAAAUGAAUGAACUGAUGGAGCAGACCUCAGAGAUCAUCACGUUCGCAGAAUCAGGCACUACCAGGAAGACGCUGCACUUUGAGAUUUCCAAAGAGGGCAGUGACCUGUCCGUGGUGGAGCGUGCAGAAGUCUGGCUCUUCCUAAAAGUCCCCAAGGCCAACAGGAACAGGACCAAAGUCACGAUCCGUCUCUUUCAGCAGCUGAAGCACCCGCAGGGCAGCUUGGACACAGGGGAUGAGGCCGAGGCCGUUGGAUUAAUGGAGGAGAGGAGUGAACUGUUGAUAUCGGAAAAGGCAGUGGAUGCUCGAAAGAGCACCUGGCACAUCUUUCCCGUCUCCAGCAGCAUCCAGCGGUUGCUGGACCAGGGCCGGAGCUCCCUGGACAUUCGGAUUGCCUGCGAGCAGUGCCUCGAGACUGGUGCCAGCCUCGUGCUCCUGGGCAAGAAGAAGAAGAAAGAAGAGGACGGGGAAGGAAAGAAAAAGGCCGGAGGAGAAGGAGGGGUGGGAGGAGACGAGGAGAAGGAGCAGUCCCACAGACCUUUCCUCAUGCUGCAGGCCCGGCAAUCGGAAGACCACCCCCAUCGGAGACGGCGGCGGGGCUUGGAGUGUGAUGGCAAGGUCAACAUCUGCUGUAAGAAACAGUUCUUUGUUAGUUUCAAGGACAUUGGCUGGAAUGACUGGAUCAUCGCCCCCUCUGGCUAUCAUGCCAACUACUGCGAGGGUGAGUGCCCGAGCCAUAUAGCAGGCACGUCGGGGUCAUCGCUCUCCUUUCAUUCAACCGUCAUCAACCACUACCGCAUGCGGGGGUACAGCCCCUUCUCCAACCUGAAGUCGUGCUGUGUGCCCACCAAGCUGAGGCCCAUGUCCAUGUUGUACUAUGAUGAUGGGCAAAACAUCAUCAAGAAGGACAUUCAGAACAUGAUAGUGGAGGAGUGUGGGUGCUCGUAGAGGGCCCAGCCCAGGGGGAAUGGGAACAAGAGUUGUCCAGAGAGGACGGUGGCAAAAUGAAGAAAUGUUUAAGGUUUCUAAGAAAAACCAGAAAAAUAAGAAAUUUUAAAAAUAAUAAACUAGAAACAAAACCUGAAACAGAUAAAGGAAGAUGUGGUGGAAACAUUCCCUAUCCAGGGCUCAGAGAUGAAGCAGUGAAGGAGAUGGGAAUUGAGAAGGAAAGGCCGAACGGAGUACCCUUCAUUUCUUCUGAUAUCAAAGUGAUAUCAGUCGUUUGAGCAGGAGUAUUGUCCUCUCCUUUUCAGUUCCCUCUCAGGGUGAGCCUGGAAGUCAGCUUGUCUAGUCUGCAGUAACGUGGGCUGGCACCACCCAAAUAGCAUCUAUAGAAAGCCAUGAAUUUGAAAGGGCCGGUUACAGGCACUUUCCCACCCAGUUACCCAGGUUGUAAGGUAUGUCUGCGUGACCCUCUCUCUGUGUAUAUCAGUGUGCGUACACACACGCUACCCCUCCCCCCCACACACAUGCACACAUGCCACAGACCCCGCACACUCAGACACCCUCCCCAGACACACACACAGAGGCAUUUCUACACACCCACAUACAUCCACGUCCUGGUAAGAGAACAAUAGUGUGCAGGUGGUCACACUUCCUUUUUCUGCAACAAAACAAAACAAGACAAAAUAAAA